CGUUCCCCUCACGCCGAGCCGCGGCCCCUGCCGUGCCAGCGCCCUACGACCCGCCCCUCGCUACCUGCUUGCGGUCCUGGCGGUGCCGCGCCAGGCUCACCUCCCCGUAGCUGCCCUUCCCCACGGCCCGCAGGAAGCAAUAGGCAGCCAGGGACAUCCUCCUCCCGCCGCCGGGGCCGGGCAGCACCCGCUGCCAUAGAGAUACCCGGGGCAGCCACGGCCAUGGGGCGCCCGCCGCGCAGCUUUAUGGCGCGGCAGCGGCGCCGCGGCGGCCAUUUUGGAAGCGGGCGAGACGGCCAUGUUGAGAGCGGGCAGCGAGCCUGAGGGAUCCCUGAGGUACCGGCGAACGCGCCGAGGCUUUCCCUCUUCUACGGCCCCAGAAACAGAAGUAUCUCCUCACAAACACUGUGUGACGGGCGUCCUGGGCUGCAGCUCCAUGAGGUCCAUGUGCUGAGCCCCGGGAAAGGCUGGCGACAGGGGCACGGUGACAGCCCAGUGGGCAGCUGUGCAAUAGCACCCCACAGCAGGUCCCGCCACCUCACCUGCCAUGGGCACAGCUGCCCCUGUCAGCAGCUCACAGAGCCAUCCUGUCCCUUUGGGUGGGGCACAGAAUUGGUCAAAAAACAUCCAGACUGGUUUAAAAGGAGCUUGUGAACCUCUCCUGUGUCCCUCAUGUGGCUGAGCACCUCAGAACGCUGACUGCAGGAAAACCCCAAAAUAAAAUGUUCUAUUAUCACUGGGCAUUUAACUCCCAGUCCUCAAAGUUCAUCAGAGGAGAUAAACCAGCUAAAAAGUUUAGGAGAUAAUUAACACUGUCAAGAUAACAAAUAGAGGAGAAGGGCCAGGCAGCUGCAGGCUGGAUGGGCAUUGAGGGUGCAAGAUGCAAGACCUGGGAGCUUGGACCUGGUUUCAGCCACGAAGAUGAAUAAGAACCCAUGUAACGGGAAGUUUCUGUACUAGACAGGACACGUCAAAUAAUGAUACCUAAAUCGGGUACCUGGGUGAUAACAUAGGAUUACAGGAGUAGUUUUGAAUAGGAGGUUAAAUGGGUGUCACAGGCUGCAAGCUCUGUCAUGGCUGCAGUAAUUUGGGCCAGGGAAAGCCUUUAAGGAAGUAUCGGAAAGAUGACAGUUUUCAUUUGGCAAAGAAGAGAGUCUGGAGAGGAGAUUGAUCUCAGUUGCUCCUACAGAAAUGGUUGUUGAAUUUCUGUUUGAAGUUAUUACAUGGAAGGGACACUGCUGAAAUAGUCUGUAACAGAUUUUGUAACAGUAUUCUGUAGACUAUGCAAAUUAAAAAUUCAGUGUUUGAUUUUUCCCAAAUGCCUAAUGUUUAAUCCCACUUUUCUCACUGAGUUAUUUAUUAACACUUGGUAAACAAAGCAUUAUAUAUUUAUGCAUAUCGUUCCAAUCUGAGCCUUACUUUUUUUCCAAAAUGGAAAACAAUCUAUUGCUUUGUAUUUUAUUAUUGAUUCCCACCUUUGCAUCAUCAGACGUUUUGGUAACACAUAUCAGAAACAUCAAGAAGCGAAAUGCUGAGAAUGACUUGGUUGUCAAUGGGAUAGAAAUCUAUAGCAUGAAGAUCGAUAGUAAAGUAACUUCCCGGUUUGCCCACAAUGUCGUCACCAGUCGAGCUGUCAAUCGUGGGAAUGUGUCCAAAGAAGUUUUCUUUGAUGUUGAGCUCCCUAAGACAGCCUUCAUUACCAACUUCAGCAUGACAAUUGAUGGUGUCACUUAUCCUGGAACUAUAAAGGAAAAAGAAGCUGCAAAAAAGCAAUAUGAGAAGGCUGUUUCAAGAGGACAGACUGCUGGUCUUGUCAAAGCUUCAGGAAGAAAAACAGAAAAAUUCACUGUCUCAGUCAACGUUAAAGCAGCCAGUAAAGUCACUUUUGAACUCACAUACGAGGAACUGCUGAAGCGACGCUUUGGAAAAUACGAGAUGUUCAUCAAAGUGAAACCAAAGCAGCUUGUCAAAGAUUUUGAGAUUGCAGUAAAUAUUUUUGAGCCCCAGGGUAUCACUGAGCUGGAAGCAGAAGGAACAUUCAUCACCAAUGAGCUCCAAAAUACCAUUAAAAAAACUUUUUCAGAGAAAAAGGGGCACAUCUCUUUCAAGCCAACUCUUGAUCAGCAGCGAACCUGUGCAAGUUGCUCAGAGUCUGCCUUGGAUGGGGAUUUUACUGUAAGAUAUGAUGUGAAGAGAACAACUCCAGAUAAUUUGCAGAUUGUCAAUGGCUACUUCGUACACUUCUUUGCACCAACAAAUCUUCCAAAUUUGCCCAAGAAUAUUAUUUUUGUAAUGGAUACUAGUGGCUCAAUGUAUGGAAGACCAAUGGAACAGACGAGAGAAGCACUUCUAAAAAUCUUAGAUGACAUUAAAGAAGAUGACUUCUUCAAUUUCAUAUUGUUCAAUUCUGGUGUGUCCACCUGGAAAGAAACAUUAAUCAAGGCCACUCCUGAGAAUUUGGAUGAAGCAAGGAAGUUUGUUCGGAACAUUGAUGCUUCAGGCAUGACAAAUUUACAUGGUGGUUUGAUGAGGGGAAUUGAUAUUCUGAAUGCUGCUCAUGAAGGGAACCUUGUGCCCAAGAGAAGUGCCUCUAUAAUUAUCAUGUUAACAGAUGGCCAGCCAAACCAAGGUGUAUCAGAUAUUCACACCAUUGAGACAGAUGUAAAAAAUGCUAUUAAAGGAAGAUACCCCUUAUACAACCUUGGGUUUGGCUCUGGUGUAGACUAUGGCUUCUUGGAGAGGAUGGCACUGGAGAAUAAAGGAUUGGCCCGUCGGAUUUAUCCUGACUCUGAUGCAGCUUUACAGCUUCAAGGGUUUUAUGAUGAAGUGUCAAAUCCCAUGCUCACAGAUGUGGAGUUAAACUACCCAGAAAAUGAAAUACAAGACCUAACUACGAACAGUUUUAAGCAUUUCUACGAUGGGUCUGAGAUUGUGGUGGCUGGACGUUUUGUAGACAGCAACCAAAACCAAUUGACUGUAGAUGUCAGAGGUGAAGGUGCUAAAGAUGCCCUGUCAUACACUACACAACAAGAUGCUGAGCAAACAGCUCAAGCUUUCCAAGAACAAGAAUACAUAUUUGGAGAGUACAUUGAAAGGCUCUGGGCUUAUCUUACCAUUGAACAACUCCUGGAAAGACGUAUUGCAGCUACAGGAGAAGAAAAGGAAAACCUUACAGCUGAAGCCCUGGCUCUCUCCCUGAAGUACAAGUUUGUAACACCACUGACAUCCAUGGUGGUAACAAAACCAGAAGAAAAUGACAAUGAAGAUGUGAUUGCUGAUAAACCCACUGAAGCUGAAGCACUGACUUCCGUAUCUUCAAUGCUUGGUUCACAAAUGUAUCGAGGAUCACAACCCACAUGGUACACCAGUGUUGAUGGGGACCCACACUUCGUGAUAUGGGUGCCACAAAAAAGAGAUGCCAUCUGUUUCAAUAUCAAUGAAAACCCGGGUACUGUCUUAAAUUUGAUAAAUGAUCCAGUUACAGGCAUCACAGUCAAUGGAGAACUCAUUGGUGAUAAGAGAGCAAAUACCAAUGCAAAGAUCCAAAAUUCAUAUUUUGGAAAACUUGGCAUUGCAAAUAAGCACCUGGGUUUAAAACUGACAGUAACUCCUGAGAAGAUCACAGUUCAGAAUGGCAAUGAAAAAAUGGGUUUCACCUGGCUUGACUCAGUCACCUUGCAACAAGCAGGUUUUACUUUAAUAAUUAAUAGAAAAAAAAAUCUGGUGCUCUCAAUGGGCAGUGGUGCCUCAUUUGUUGUUGUUUUGCACCAAGUAUGGAAGAAGCAUCCUCUCCACCAAGAUUUCCUAGGACUGUAUACAUUGGAAGAGGAUAAACUGUCUGAACAGACCCAUGGAUUAUUAGGACAAUUUUUCCACCCCAUUGACUUCACCAUACUUGAGAUUCAUCCUGGGUCUGAUCCCAAGAAAUCAGAUGCCACGAUGGUUGUUAAAAACAAUGAACUGAUAGUAACGAGGGGCUGGCAGAAGGAUUACAGAAGAGAUCCCAACCAUGCUGUUGACAUUCCUUGCUGGUUUGUCCAUGACAACGGAGCUGGGCUCAUAGACGGUGUUCACACAGAUUAUAUUGUUUCCAGUCUGUUUUAAGCAACUACAACUUCCUCCAAAUCCGUGGGUAGACGGAUGAUUUGUCUGAAAGAACAGUAUUUUUUAAUGUUUAAGAACUAUUAAAAAUCUGUAAGCAUACCAUGUUUGGCAAGGACAAGGUAUGUUGGAUUCUCCUACAGUUUUGCUGUGCAUUUGAUGGAAUCUGAAGUGCAGGGCAGCUGUUCCCCUUGUGUGCACAGACACCCCUCCUCCUCUGGAACGUCCUCUUUAUUAGGUUCAAAAUUCUGACUUUGAACGUUACUUUGUAAAACAUAACAGAAACCUUCUAUCCAAUAUUAAAUCAAUAACGGAGUGACUUAAAGCCUCAGCACUCA